AUGGUUGUAAACGAAACUGGAAAUUCAAUUGAAAUAGAAGACAAAUGGGGACAACGAAUCCAAUUAAAGAUUUGGGAUAAUGUAUUUCCUUAUUAUUCAAGACAAAAAGACCUACUUGUUGAUUCUACCAAGCCUUUUGGUAUAGUUGUUACUUCAACAAUGGUCAAAUAUUUUAAUGGGAAAAUUAAUCUAAAUACUUCUACAAUAACCAAAAUUUAUAUUGAUCUUCAAAUUUCUGAGGUUGAUGAAUUGAAAUCUUUAUGGAGUGAGAAGUUAGAUAAUGCUACCAUUGGAAAACUUGAAAUUCAGCAUAUCAACAUUGGACCGAAGAAAUCAACUCUAAAAAAAUAUCGAUUGGAGCUUAGUGUAAUCGAUCAUAGUGGGUCAACAAUAUUUGUAGUUUUUGAUGAAGAAGCUAAGAAACUAAUAGGACAAGAUGCAAUUACUCCUUUUGAGGCUCAUACUUAUGAAAAGAUCAAUGAUCAUAAUGAUGAUGAUAAUAACAAUGAAAAUGGUGAUACACAAAUUCCAAAUAUGAUUGCAAAUAUCAUUGGAAGUGAGUUAGUGUUCAAAGUUAAAAUCCCCGCUUAUAAUCAUACAGCAAUUCGACAAACUUUUACGGUGAUGAGAAAUUUUGACAAAAGUGUCAUUGAGAAUAAAGAUGUCAUAAAAGAUAAUGAAGAUACUUCAAAAGAUGAAGUUACAGUCAUUGAAAAAACCGCAAAACGCCCUUUAAAUAAUAUUGAUUCAACGGAAAAGGAUCAUGAUUCAUCCGAACAAAUCGCAUCAAAAAGAUAA